AUGGAUAUCAACACUAUUAUAGAGGAAGUUCAAGCUAUAAAGGUUUACCCCCAUAUGAUGUUUAAUGCAUCCAAACUAAAAGUACUAAGUGAUUAUGUUGAUAUAGCCUUUGAAAAUAAUGAAUAUUUUGAUAAUGAAGUUAUGCUAACACUAUUAAGAUUGUUUUGUUUAUAUCCACAUUGCUAUGACAAAUCGGUAAUUAAGAAAAUCUUGGUAUGUGUUUUAUAUAAUAUAAAUACUGUAGAUAUGAAUAUAUAUUUAAGCUUAAUAAAUCCAAACUUAUAUGAUGAUAAUAUAAAAGGGGUCGUAUAUUUACAUGAUCUAAUUAAAGAAUGCCAAUUUAAAAAAUUAUGGGAUUGUAUAAAUAAUAAAAGCGAAGAAAAUAAUAAUUAUGAUUAUUCCUUUUUACAAAAUUAUAAUAAUUUUACAUGCAAUAUUAGAAAGUAUAUUUUAAAUUCUAUAACAUUAAGUUUUGAAAAAAUUUCGAUAAAACAAAUAUCGGAAUAUUUAAAUAUGGAAAAUAUGGAAGAAAUUGAAAAAUUAUUAACAGAAAAUAAAUGGACUGUUAAAAAAAUUAAAAAUAAAGAUGGAGAAGAACAAACUAUUUGUAUUAAUGAAAAUAUAGAAAAUAUUCAAAGUAGAAAAAAUAUAAGUACAUAUUUUAAUGAUGACAAUAUAACAUCAUAUAUUAAUAAGUUAAAUAGCUAA